AUGGUCACUGGAGAUAAUCCUUUAACUGCCACUUAUGUCGCCAAAUAAUGCGGUAUAAUGAAUUUUGAUGGGAUUAGUAAUAUUCUUGAUUUCGUGAAUUCUGAGUGUGUUUUAAAUGGGAAAAGUUUCAAUUUAAUAAAAGACUUUGCUAAGCUUUAAAAUCAUGAACUUUCAGUUUCAGGGACUUUCUUUUAACAGUAUAUGGAAAAAAAUAGCAAAAUAAGGAAAUUCAUACUUAAAUAAUGUAAAGUUUACGCCAGGAUGACUCCUGAUUAAAAGUAGAGUUUAAUUAAUCUCCUCUAGAUAGAUUAAAGUGAGUAUACUUUUGUAGGAAUGUGCGGCGAUGGGGCUAAUGAUUGUGGAGCUUUAAAAGAAGCUGACAUGGGGAUUUCUCUUUCGAAUACAGAUACUAGUAUAGCUGCUCCUUUUACUUCGAAAAUAUAAGAUAUUGCAUGUGUGCAUAGACUUUUGAGAGAAGGAAGGGCAUCUUUAUAAACUUCAUUUGAGUGUUUUAAGUAUAUGGCGUUAUAUAGCACUAUUUAAUGCUUUACGACUACCAUUUUAUACUUUUAGUAGUCCUUUCCGUCUGAUAUGUAGUUUUUAAUGUGGGAUUUAUUCAUUAUAUUGCCUUUAUCUUUUCUUUUAGGGUUGAGUAAACCAGCGGAUAAACUCAAGAAAAAUACACCGACUUGUGAACUUAUUUCUUUAGAUGUAAUAUUUUCUGUAGUCGGAUAAAGUUGUGUAGAAAGAUAUUUAUUAGAAACUACAUGA